UGCACAUCAGGGAACAGCGAACGGCAUUUUUCAAUUUUCUGUUUUUAUAUUUUACUUCUUUCCUGUUGCGUCGUUUCCAAUGAACCUGGCGCAAAUAAAAUAUCUCUCGGCGGCCAGUCGCUUGUUGAACUUGAACCAGAAAGCAGUGAUAUUUAGACGGAAAUAGUUGCGUCUAACCAGUAAAAGUACCCCGGAUUAGAAGCUUGGAAGCAAUGAUGCUGCGGGCGAUUUUGAUGCUGUUGGUGUUUGGGUCAGCCGUUUUGGCCGGUCCAAUGAUAUGGGAGGAUCAACAUGCCAGUAGAAGCGAACGAAAGGCGGCAGAUACCAGUGCUACUUCAAAAGAUAGUGCGAGCGCUGUUCCAGAUACAACAUUAUCGAGUAAUGCCAUUGAUUCACGACCAGAAACUUCAAGUAGUGCGGCUGAGAUAACUACCAGCGAAGCGACCGUUAUAGUAGCUGAGCAUACCUCUCUUGCUCCCUCUGAACAAACUCCUGCGCAAGCAGCCAUAACGACAACGAAACCUCGCAAAACAAUUACCUUUGAUCAGCGGCAGGAAGGGAAGUUCAACAUAAGGGCUGAUUUGGAGAACUUUGUUAUUGUCGUUGUUCCAUCGUCUCCGUCGGCAGGAAUUUCGCUUCUCGAUCUGCUGAAUAGGUCGGGUCAGAAGAAACAACAGAAAAAGAAGUCUGCUCAUCGCAAGGGCACUAAGAACCAUUCGGGUCAAAAAAAGUCACAGCAUAUAACACCUGAAGUAGUAGUUUUGGACGACGUUCAGUCACAGGCAAGGGUAUCCAAUGAGGAAUUUAUCGAAGGUCGCACCCCGUAUAAAGUGGAUAUCUCCAGUACUGGUCGUAGUAGCAGCUCAGGUCCUCCCUCGCCAAUUUACCGUGUUGUACGACCAUUCACACUCAACGUAGAACAACCAACUUCCUCGAACAUGAUACGCUUUCCCGCCCCUUCAGGUAAUUAUUAUGAUAGUGCCGUAAGAGAGUCCAAAUCACUGCCAGUGCCGGCGAUGUUCGAUGAAGAUAUUAGAACUAAUACCGUAUUCGCUAUACUAACCAAUAAUAACAACAAUGGUGAUGGUGGGAUCAAUCCUAUCAAGGAUGAUGGUACUGAUGAUGAUAAUUACCUGAUGAUGGAGCAACGGACCUAUCUUGAUUUACCCGAUUCUCCUGAUUCUUCGUUCGCUAGCCUAGAGUACCCACUGUCGGAUGUCGAUAUGAUGAAACUACAACUGCAAGAGGAUAAUGGAGGGAAUGGUGACGGAUGGGAACUUAAGCUACUCGGCGCCCAGGAGCAGUGCGGCCCAGAUCGUAAACGUGACAGCUACGGUGUGUGUCAAUUUGUAACGCCAUGAGGUGUAUCGCCUUCCCUCGAUGCCUUUAGAUCGUAGAACUUAUUUAUUAAAAUUCGGCGCAUCGUCGCUACUAAUUUAUUGUACACCACAUUUUAAGUGCCAAAUAAAGUAAAACAAUUCAUCAA